AUGGAAAAGAAUAUUCUUUACGGAGGCGAAGUUCUUGAGAACUUCCCGCAAAAGUACAAAUCUUUGGGGGAAUUUUAUUACGACAAGUUGUACGAUGCUGGGAAUGAAACUGAAAUUGAUUUUUUUUGUUGGCAGAUUGAUGCAAAUUCCGGACGCAUAUUAUCCCGAAAGGAGCUUCUAGAUAAGACUGAGCGCUUGGCAGGAUAUUUAACCAAGCUUGGAAUAAAGCCGGGACAUUCAAUUGCUAUUGUUAGUGAGAAUCGUUUAGAAUUCCCUGUGGUUGUCCUUGCAGCUUUUUUUAGCGGAACUGCCCUGAAUCCUCUAAGUCCCACUUAUACGGAAAAAGAAAUCCUUCAUGCAUUCACCAUUGUUCAGCCAAGAGUUGUCUUUGUAUCUCCUGCUGUUAUGGACAAAGUCAAGGCAGUCCUUAAGAAGUUAAAUCUAAGGAGCAUCCUAAUCCAACUGGAUGAGGAUGGAAAACGUGGGAGACAAGCAUUCAACUUCAGUGACAUCAUCAAGAUCGACAGAUUGAAGCCCAAAAACAAAUUAAAACCACCAACUGUGGAUAUUGCUAAAACUGUUGCUCUCAUUCUUCUAUCCUCCGGAACUACAGGACUCCAGAAAUGCGUCCAAAUAACUCAUCUAAAUCUCCUGGCUGCUCUUUCAAGCACAAUGGAAUUAUUUGUGCACUUUGAGAGAAACAAAGAUGUGAUCCUCACAGUGAUGCCAUGGUGCCACUGUUUUGCCCUGAUGACUACGCUGAGGCUUUUGGCUUUCGGUGUAAGGAUUGUAUCCCUUCCACGAUUUGAGGAAGGAAAGUACAUAAAAGCCAUUGAGGAUUACAGUGUCUCAGUGUGUUUUGUGGCACCUCCGGUGAUGCUUUGGUUCAGCAAAGCUCCAAUUCUGGAGAAGCACAACCUCCGGACAAUCAGGGAGAUUUAUUCAGGAUCUGCUCCACUUAGCAUUGAAAUUGUCCAAAGUAUCCAGAAGCGCAUACCUAAUCUCCAAGUUGUCUACAAUGGGUACGGUUUGACGGAAACAACCACCGGAGUGCUGCAUGCAGAUUCCCGGAAAAGCAAAUCCAACAGCAUUGGGUGCCUCUGGAGGGGAAUUUGGGGGAAGGUAGUUCAUCAGGAGACCGGGGCUGUCCUGCCGCCCAAUACUCCCGGGGAAUUAUGCUUCAAGGGUGGUCAAGUAAUGCUGGGCUACAUGGGGAAUGAAGAGGAAACAAGGAAUGCAAUAGAUGCCGAUGGAUGGCUUCAUACAGGUGACAUUGGUUAUCACGAUGACGACAAGGAGUUCUUCAUUGUUGGACGAGCUAAAGAGUUGAUCAAGUACAAAGGCUUUCAAGUGCCUCCUGCUGAACUGGAGGCUCUCCUUCUGGGUCAUCCAAAGGUCAAAGAUGCUGCUGUUAUUGGACUCUCGGAUGAGGUUGCUGGGGAACUUCCAAUGGCAUUAGUUGUUAAGAAAUCAAAUAUUUCCGUGCGGGAGGAGGAGUUGAUUUAUUUUAUUGAUGGACAGGUUUCCUAUCCCAAAAAACUCCGAGGUGGCCUUAAGUUUGUAGAUGAGAUCCCAAAGAACGCAAAUGGGAAAAUUAUGAGACAGGAACUCAAGAAGAAAUAUGGGAAAAUUAAAGGAUUUUCAUCUAAACUCUAAAUUAAAUAAAUUAAUUGGGAAUUAUAGGUUCUCUAGGAGUAUUAAAAUAUUAAUGCUAUAGUAUUAAUAAUUUCAUAAUUUUCUUAAUUGAUUGACUAAUUUAUUACACGUCGCGUAACAAAUAAUUACGACGUAAUCUUCAAGCCCUUAAUGUGUUAACUAUAUGUACAAUAAAAUUUAACACUUCAAUGACCUGAGGAUGACGUCGUAAAUAUUUCUUACACACCGUGUAAUAAAAUAUCAAUCGGGUAAGAAAUACUUACCCAGUUAACUAAUGUUUCAAUGAUUUUUUGUUGAUAUAAAUAAAAUUCAAUAAAUUGUAAUUUUCGUUAUUUUUUAGUUCUUACUUAAGCUAAAUCAUUAUUUUAUUAAAUUCAAUUAAGGAAAAAAUUGAGAAUCAAUAAAUAAAAAGAUUUUAAUGAUAAACUUGUCCUAAAACACAUACGGUUGUCACAUUAUUGCCAGCCGGGAUAUUGUCUAACAAAAAAAUCCGAAAAAUUUUUUACAGAAGCGUAUAAAAAUCUAAAAUGUCUUAAAAUUACUUAAAAAGCAGGAAUUGUGUUAAAAUAAAAUAAGAAAAACAAAGAAUAAGGAUUUAUUUGAUUUUAUUUCACAUUACUUUAUAAGUAUACACUAUUUUUACAUUUUUCUCAAUAAAAGGGUUUUCCAAAAUUUUCAGUUGUUUUUUUUUUACUUUGAAAUAUCUCUAUUUACAUGGAUUUAUUCGUUACAUGCAUCUACCGGUGUACGUAAAUGGGUUGCGAAAGUUCUAAAAGUUUUUGUUUUUUAUUAUUUUUACUAAAAGAUAGACCAUUACAAAAUUUAUGUAUUGCCGUUCAUAGAAAUUUGAUAUUUUUUGUUGUUUAAAAUGCACCAUACAAAAAAGUUCUAACUCGGUUCUAACCACGUUAUGAGUUUGUUUUUUUUAAUAUGUUGUGUAUUGUAUGGGAGUACGCAUAGAUUAGGUUUUCAUGUUGAUUUUUUUUAAAUCAGCUUUUUUUUUGCAAAUUACAUUAUUAUGCAUAUCACAUCACAUUUUAUCACAGUUUUGCAAAUUUUUAAAAUUUCCUACAUUUUAUGUUACGCUUCGUAGAACAAUUUCUAAAUACACUUAAAAUGUAUAUGUAUGUUAUGUAUAUAUCCAACAAGGAUUAAAUGCUAAUUUAGGUUAGAAAAUGAAAUUAAUUUUUUUCGCAACUACAGGCUCGUUUUUUUUUGUUUUUCGUUCUUACAAAUUGCUUUCGAAACUACUUUAAAAAAAAACUUGUUUUUUGAUUAACUUUAACCACGUUUUACGUUUUUUAUCAUUUUUUUUUUAAAUUUAAUAAUAAUUAAAUUCAAUAAAUAAAGGAAUAUUUCUACCAACACGUUCACCUUUUUUUUAAAUGAUUUAUUGCAAUGCCUUAAAUUAAUAUUAAAUGAAAAUAAUAAUUUAUUGUUAAGCACACAAUUUGAUUUUUUGUUAAUUAUUUAUUUUCUUGAAUUCUUUCAAGGAUUCAUUAUUCAUGAAAAUAUUGCAAAACAGAUAGAGACUAAAAAAUAUUUAUAUCAUAUUUGAUAUGAAAUUUGAUAUUCUAAAUCAGGAUGUAUACAUAAAAGUUUUUUUUUUAGAUAUGUUUUUUGCAUAUUGUGCCAAGAGUUUUCAACAUAGAAUUAUAAUAAAUUUUAUGCUUAUAUAUUAAGGAAGAUAGAUAACUUGUAAAGAGAAUAAGGAAGUCAACAGACUAUGUGGAAGUUGAUUUCUUUUUCAUAAAUUCUUAAAACAAAAAACUUCUCCCUUUAAGAAUUUCUUUUCAAAAUUUGAUUAAUUUGUCUCGAUUAACGGUCCAAAAUUUUUAUCAAACAAAAAAGGAAAGAAAAA